UUAUCAGAUAACAUAUGGUAACCAUUCUUGAUCGGAUCUAAAACUUGAAAGGUUCGCCUGGCUUCCACCUGCCCGUUUCGCUGACUUCUAAGAGCCAGAGACCCGUCGUAGGUGCCUUCUAUCUUCAGUCAGUAUAUACUCAAACACUCUUAUUAUUUCAAUUCAAGAGUUAAGGCGGGGGAAAGCGAUGUGCGCCGUCAAUUUGCGCCACUUAGAGGAUCAUUAUUCAAGAAACACCAGUCUGCCCUCACCACAAGGCACCGUAUUCGAAUUUUCGAACUCGGAUUCAACUCCGUUUGCGCAUGGAUCUACUCGGACGCUCGGCAUAUUUUCCCGAAUCUAUAAAAGGUAGGAUUUCUGAGGUACUUUUGUUUCGUCCCUCUUUUUCACGAGCGGUCAACCCUGUGCUAUGGAGCGAGCUACAGCUAUCGAAGAGACCAAGUCUCACACUUGGACGGAGAGUUCUGUUGAGAAGGCGGGCGAUCCCGAUUCUCAGCCGAGCACUAGUCAUGCUCCCAAGGAGGGUGAGGUUGCGGGUGUUGCGCGCAUCGAAGCCCUUUACAGGGUAUUCGGCGGCAAUGGCGCACCUCUAUGGGUGCUCUAUCUGAGUAUCGCCCUCAUUGCCUACGUUUAUUCCCUCGAUUCCAACACCACUAGCAGUUUUUUGCCCUUUGCUACCUCUGCCUUCUCGGCGCACUCGUCUAUCGGAACAAUUGAAGUAGCUGCCGAGAUCAUUGCUGCUGUUGGAAAACCGUUUAUUGCCAAGCUUGCGGAUAUAACGUCGAGGCCUAGGGCUUAUCUGUUCUCUCUCUUCUUUUACAUAAUUGGUUACAUCGUCAUUGCAUCUUCCUCGACGGUAGGCGCAGUUUGUGCCGGAGAAGUGUUAUACACAAUUGGUACCACGGGAUUAGACCUUGUCACCGACAUCAUCGUUGCUGAUCUCUCUCCGCUCAAAUGGAGAGGCUUUGCGACUGCACUUCCGUCAUCCCCGUACAUCAUCAAUGCCUUUGUUGCUGCCGAAAUUACUAAUGGUUUCAUCCCGGACAAAUGGCGAUGGGGUUAUGGGAUCUUCAUUAUUAUGCUCCCUGUCGUGAUGGCACCUGGUUUGGUUGUUUUGUUUUGGGCAGAGUACAAGUCCAAGCGAGACAAUAUGGUGUCUAUCGCUUCCAGUACAUGGGAGCGUCGUAACGAGGGCUCGGAUGAGAAAGUCACCUGGUUCACUAUCGCUCGCGACUUCUGUAUUCAUGUGGAUGUCUUCGGCCUUGUCUUACUUGGAACGGCCUGGGCCUUAAUUUUCUUGCCAUUCACUCUCUACUCCGACGCCAAAGGUGGCUGGAAAAAUCCCAGUAUGAUUGCCAUGGUCACUGUCGGAGGCAUCUUAAUUUUCGUCUUUGCGGCAUACGAAAAGUGGUGGGCACGAUACCCGCUCAUGCCCCCCCGUGUGCUUAACAGGACCUUCCUCGGUGCCGUCUUCAUUGACGUACUUUAUAUGCUGUCCGGGAAUAUGCGAUCGCUGUACUAUUCAAGUUGGACCUGGGUGGUUAAGGACUGGACCACCCGUGAAUGGACGUACUUUAACAAGACCGUCACUGUUGGUCUUUGUGUUUUUGGUAUCACGGCAGGAUUAAUCCAACGUUACACUCACCGUUACAAAGCGCUACAGUUUACCGGACUGUGUAUUCGAAUCAUCGGUAUGGGUUUGACCUUCUACGCCAGAGGCGACCAUGCUACAGAUGUCGCCCUUGUUUGGACCCAGCUCCUGAUUGCCAUCGGCGGCGCAUUUAGCGUUGUCGGUUCUCGGGUCGCGUCUCAAGCAUCAGUUCCUCAUGCUGAUCUGGCGCAAGUCAUUUCUCUCAUAUCUCUUUGGACUUCCCUUGGCGGGAGCGUGGGCAAUGCAAUCGCCGCUGCAGUCUGGACUGGUAAAAUGCCCUACUAUCUCCGAAAGCACCUACCCUACAAGACUCAGGCCGAGAUCAGCAAGAUCUUUGGGUCCAUUAAGACGGCACGAACUUUGGGCGACACGGACAGGACCAACGUCAUCUAUGCUUACAACGACACAGUCUAUCUUCUCUAUCUUCCUGCAUUAAUCCUUUCUUUCCUUCCUCUCGUCAUCUUACUCUUCAUGCGGAACUUUUACCUGGGUGAUCACCAGAAUGCCGUACAAAACGUUGGCAUUGACGGGCGCGUUCUCGACAGUGAAGAAGAUCCUAAUGAGAAAGAAAGGAACACUAAUAAUGCUGAGAGGGCUUAGACUUUAAUCUGGAAGAGUCGUUAGGUACUCUUUCACUUAGCUUUUCAACACUUCUCUAUGUUCGUUAACUUUAAUUGUCCGUACCAUAAAUGCGACCUUUGCUCUCUUACUAGUAUGUGACGUAC